AUGUUGCUGCAGACCUUGCUGGAGGCGCUGCGGGAGGUCCUGCUGGAGGGACCGAUGAAGCCUGCCUCCUUGCUCCGACCUACCAUCGGCUGCGGGAGCCUCAGCCGGCCCGCCCUGCUCCGACCCAUCAUCGGCUGUGGAGACCUCAGCGUGCCGGCCCCGCUCCGACCCAUCACCGGCUGUGGAGGCCUCAGCCUGCCCGCCCUGCUCCGACCCAUCAUCGACUGCGGAGCCUCGGGCCUUCCCUGUGCCCCGUCCAUGGUGGACGGCACGGUGGACGACUCGGUGGACGGCACGGUGGACGGCUCAGUGGACGGCACGGUGGACGGCACGGUGGACGGCGCGGCGGACGGCACGGUGGACGGCACGGUGGAUGGCACGGUGGACUACGCGGUGGACGGCUUGGAGGGGUUGCCCGCUGACCAGCAGUACUCGUCUCAGCUGGCCCCUGACCAGCAGUACUCGUCUCAGUUGGCCGCUGGCCAGCAACGACUGCAUCAGCUGGCUGCUGACCAGCAGUGCUCGUCUCAGCUGCUCACUGACCAGCAGCGCUCGUCUCAGCUGGCCGCUGACCGGCAGUGCUCGUCUCAGUUGGCCGCUGAGUUUGAGGACGGCGAGGACGCGGCGUCGAAGCGGCGCCGGUCGCGCACCAACUUCAACAGCUGGCAGCUGGAGGAGCUGGAGCGUGCCUUCCAGUCGGGCCACUACCCGGACGUCUUCAUGCGGGAGGCGCUGGCCAUGAGACUGGGGCUCACGGAGAGCAGGGUGGCGGUCUGGUUCCAGAACCGACGCGCCAAAUGGCGCAAGAAGGAGCACACGAAAAAGGGACCGGGCCGGCCGGCGCACAACGCGCACCCGCAGACCUGCAGCGGCGACCCCAUCUCACCGGAGGAGCUGGAGCGAAAGGAGCAGGACAAGCGCGAGCGCAAGCUGAUAAAGCAGCUGGAGCGGCAGCAGCGCAAGCUCGCCCAGAAGGGCAUCCACGUGGAGCUGACGACGCUGCGAGCCGAGUGGGAAGGCCGGCAGCGGCGCGACGAACCGGAGAUCGACGUCGUGUCCACCGAGGACGCUUCCAGCGAUUCGCUGAGCCUGCCGGCGCCGGCGCCGGCGCGCAAGGCGACCCUCUUCAGCAUCGAGAGCUUGCUGGGUGAGCGACGACCGGACCCAGUGGAAGCCCAGGACACACCUGCUGCAGAUCAUGCUGCAGGCCCUGUUGGAAGCCCUGCUGGAUGCUUUGCUGGAGGCCUUGCUGGAGGUUCCGUUGAAGAUGUUGCUGCAGACCUUGCUGGAGGCGCUGCGGGAGGUCCUGCUGGAGGGACCGAUGAAGGUACGGCGGGAGACCCGAUCGGAACGGAGGAUGUGGCGGCCCAGCGAGAAGGUAGCUAGGCCCAGACGAACCAAAGUUAAGUACAUGUCCAGCCUCGUUAUUGUUAUUUUCUUUAAAUCACGAACUUCGCAGUGUGAAGCUGUCUUAUCAAUUAUUCGUGGGGUUGCCUCAUUAUGUAUGGUGUGGCGUGACGGACGCGUGACGGACGACGUGACAGAUAGGGUGUCACUGCGGCGCCACAGAGGUCAGAAGUCAGUUCCUGAUAUCAUGUCUACCACCUCUUAGCAUCCGAUAGAUUUGAUCGCAUUUUGUUACUAGCGUUCUGCUGCAUUGCCACCCAACAACCACGUUCCUACGACUCUCUGUUGGUUGAGUUUUCUAACAUAUCAGGAUACCGUGCAGUCAUUUGGAGGGUUGGCUCUUUUGCGCAGCCAUAUGCGGGACUAACAGUGAGAUACGUACGACUGCAUAUGCGAGUGAUAGUUGUAACUUUGAAUGGUACAUCCACGUGAAAUAUAGCUUUACCCAAUCUAACACGGUA